GUGCAACAUGGGUUGUGUAGUUUCACUUUCUUUUUCGCCUACAUCUCCCAGCGUCUCCCGAAAAUCACUCGGUUCCUUUUAUUUUCGUAAAUGUGUCGUAAUGCCUUAAGAAACUGCACAUUUACCUGCUUCACGCGCUCGUGAUCACCUGGGAUUAUAAAGUAUAUUCAGCCCUGGACGCGUGUGCUCGUGUAUGCAACUGAACCAGAAACAGCUUCAACUUUGCUUUGCAUUGAAAUCAAAAGCAAAUCCAGUAAAUCCAGUCCAUCAGGAGCAUUUAGCUGGAGUGCAGGGAUGGUAAGGAAACUCGAGCUGCAGAUAUAGUGUGAUAUAUAUUGGGAUUGUGUUGGAGUGGAUCAUCAUGGAGCUCCGGGCGGCAUCAGCGGGCGCUCAACAGCAGCUGGCCGGUGACAGGACGCACGAGUCCCGCAUGGACGAGUACCUGCGCUCGCUGGGCUUUUACCGCAAAAAGAUCGCCAAGGACGGGUCAUGUCUGUUCAGGGCCGUGGCAGAGCAGGUGUUGAAGUGCCAGGGUUUACACACAAAAGUGCGUGCGGCCUGUGUGAAUUAUCUGAAACAGAACAGAUCUAACUAUGAGCUGUUUAUCGAAGGCGAUUUUGAGAAAUACCUGGAGAAUUUACGGGAUCCUCAGAGCUGGGUUGGACAGGUGGAGAUCACCGUUCUGGCUGAGCUCUAUAAGCAUGAUUUCAUUAUUUUCCAGGUGCCUGAUCAACCACCCGUUAACAUCACAGAGAAUGGCUUUCCUGAUAAGGUGCGACUGUGCUUCCUCAAUGGAAACCAUUAUGACAGUGUUUACCCACAAUCUUUUGAGAAAAGUGCUGCUGUUUGUCAGUCGAUCCUGUACGAGCUGCUGUAUGAUCGCGUGUGUGGCAUCGAGCGUGGCGUUUUAGGGUCGUGUAUGAAAGGAGGAAGAGGACGAGAAAAACUCGACUCGGAAGAAUGCAAGAGCAGUGAAGAGUCUGACCUGGAGGAAGACGAGUUCUGGUCCAGUGAAAGCGGAGAAAAGAUGACCAGUGUGAUGAACGUCAGACCGCCGAGGGGUCGUGGGAGGGGCCAGUCUCGAGGAAGGGGGCGUGGCCUCCUGUCCGCUAAGGCACAAAAGUCCCUAAACCCCGCCCUCUACAGGAACGUGGAGUAUGAUGUGUGGCUCCGCUCUAAACGAAUUCAACAGCAGCGAGAUUUCUGCAUUGCCGCAGGAAUGCAAUACGCUAUUGGAGACAAGUGCAAGGUGCAGCUGAGUGGCAGUAAUCGCUUCUAUAACGCUUACGUUCAGGAAGUCAGUCCUGACAAUGGGCCAGUCACUGUGUUCAUUGAGGAACUCAACAGACCACAAACUGUGCCGUUGUUGAGUUUGCGUCUUCCAUCUGAAGAGCCUCAGUCAUGGCAGACGGUGUCAGACAAGAGCAAAAGACACAGCGUACCGAACAACGGCGCGCCGGCGCCCUCCGAAUGGGAGAGCAGAGGAGGUCGGAGGUCAAAUAAAGCCCCGCUUCAGUCAGCGUCCAGUGGUCGAGUUCAUAAGCAACACUCCUGGCCUCCGCAAGCCCUCCCGGAGGAGCCCGCUGGGGGACGCAACAAGUUCAGACGGUCUGAUCAGCGCAGCAGUCCUGUGUGUGUUCUUCCAGAGGAGGAAGAGGAGAGCGUCGUGCUGGAGCUUCUUCACAAAGACGAGCACAACUUCCCCUCGUUAGGAACAAGCCCUCAAACGGUGCAGCCCUUGCAAACACAUUUACCUUCUAUACAGGCCACUGCUGGUGAGGUCGUAAAGAAAGGAGGGGAAAGGAAAGGCUCUCGGAAGAAGGAACAGAAGGAGUGUGUUUCAGAGACAGAAACAUCCCAGAGGCCUGUACAGAGACAGAAGAGUGCCACUGAAGACAAACCUGGGAUAAGGGUUUCUGAGGAACCAGUGCAGAGAUCUUCUCCAACAAUAAAAGAGAAAUUACAAGAGAAACCCAUGGCUGUCUCUCCAACUCCACAUCCUGCUGUUAUCUUCUCUGGCCCCAAAACAGUCCCAUCUUCAUCUCAGACUUCAUCUGCUACUGCCCCUGGUCUUGAUAAAUCCUCUCUUGAGGCAAAGACCCCUAUUCAGCCAAAGAAUAGCCAUCCUCGAAGCCCUUACAACAGUCAGUUGGUGUCCACUUUAGCCCCUUCACAGCCCAUAUCAGUGGCAGCAGUCUCAGUUCCCACCCUUGCAUCUAUUCAAUCUGCCCCUGCAUUGAAACCGACCCAACCCUCAUUGCAAACUACCCCAGUGCUCCCCACAUCUGAGCAUAUUACCCACCCCAAUCAAGCACCAUCUCAGAUCAACUUGGUUGCAUCUCCGAUCACCCCUGUUCAAGUACCUCCUGCUAUCCCAACUCGAGUUACUCUGGCAUCUUGUGGCUCAAUCCCAGAUGCCCCUGUUGAAUCCACCCCGUCCAUUCAAACCACUUUUAUUUCCAAUCAACCCCUCUUACCUGCCUCUGCAAUACCUGUUGCUGGCCAAGCUCCGGCAGCUGCCCGUAUACUAGAUGCCCCAGAACCGCCUUCUACCACCCUUCCCAUUGAUGGAAGAAGUGGUCCACCAAUUGCCCAACAGACUGUAGAUCCUCAUACCACUAUAACUCCCAAAGCUUAUGCCCCCUCCAUCUCCCCUUCCUCUGGUCCUGCCCAUGCUCCACUUCCAGACUUACCUCAGUCACCAUGCAAUGCAUCAGAUCCACAACCCUGUGAAACAUCGGCCAUACCUUCCUCUGGUGUAGCCCCUGCUCCUGACCACCCAUCCCAACCCCAACAAAUGCCCUAUCCUCAUCACCAAUGGUCUCAGCUCCUCCAGGACCCAGUUUAUCCAGGAUUCCCCCUGAACGAGAAGGGAGAGGUGGAACCACUGCCUCCCUUUUCCCUCUCCCAAAAAGGAGAAGACCUUCCACAAGAUAUCAAUGUCCUCAGGUUCUUCUUCAACCUCGGUGUCAAGGCAUACUCUCAGCCAAUGUUUCCUCCCAUCAUUUAUCUGGGUCCACUUAACCAAGCCUAUCAGAUGCAACUCAGAGGUCCUCCUCCUCCUCCUCCUGACUCUCCCGCAAAUCCCACAAUGACUUCAUGGCAACCAGAAAACCCUUCUCCUCCUCAGAAUUUGAGCUCAAUCCCUGACUCCUCAUUGGAGAGUCAUGCUCCCGUUGCACCGGUACCAGUUAGUAGCGGUCCUGUUGGUCCCAUAGAGAUGGGAGGGUACAAUAACCAUCAUCCUCAAUCCCUUCCGAUGCAGGUCCCACCAAGAAUACCAAUGCCCUGGUCAACUUCUUCUGGCCAAAGUGCCUAUUCUGGGAAUUACCCAGCUUCCCCUCAAAUGCAGUUUUCAGCGCAACCCUGUGCACCUCAUGGGAAUCAGAUGUAUUCGCCUUCAUCUGUUGGGUACCAUCAUAUCCCGCCUCAAUCGAUGCCUCAUGAAGCCUUAAACCAUGUUCCUCAUGGUCGGAUGGAUGUCUUGCCAUUUGUUCCUUCCACAUUGGAUAGAGGUCAAGAAAAUGGCCAGCGAUCUAUGAAUAUGAGCCCCCAGUAUGGGUCCAUGCAUAAGAUCCCUGGCUUCCCAGGAACCCAACCUCAGUUGAGUAGUGUUGAUUACAAACCGGUCGAUAUUCCCGUUUCAAUGGCCACAAUGCAACCUCCACACUAUCCUGGAGCUUGUUCUGUGAUACAACCUUUCCAGCUUGGCCAAAUGCAAGGAGACAUGACGGGAUUGACCUCUCUAGGUAAUGGGAACUUAGGAAGAGUCUACGCAAAGAACCUCCACGCUGGACAAUUUGCUGAAGAUCAUUCCCGCCUCCUCCACGCAUAUUCUCCCGAUGACAAUUGGUCAGUUGAAGAGAUGGAGAUUCCCAAUGUGGAUCUCAGAAUUGCCCAUUCGUUCUAUAGCCAGUCCUAUAGAGGUGGAGGAAGACGUGGCCAAGAAGAUAGAGGUGGAUAUCGAGGUCGGAGUCACCGUGGACGGAAAGAUUACUCUAGUCGGGGUAGACCGGAUGACCAGUCGUCCUAUAGACAUUAUGGGAGACGAGGUGCAGGGCCAAGGGUCGGGCAGUUGCCAUAUCAGUGAUGCUUAAAUGCUGGAUAUACACUUGUUUUUGGUUUACAAUGAUGUCAGAUACACAAAAUCUGUUUGAAUUUUUGGGUGGCUUUUGGUACAUUAUUGAUUAGUAAUAUAUCCAAUGUUUUUAAUUGUUUUUCUGUCUUUUCCCCCACAAACAUUCUUGUUUAAAAUUA